GUUACACUUAUCAACACAAUAUUUAAUGAGAAAUUGAAUAUACUAUCCUAUCUCUUUCUGAAGAUUGGUUUGUCGAUCACACUUUCUCUCAAUCGAAAAUCAAAACAAUGCCCCAAAAGGAGGUCUUUAGAACCUAAUUUAAUAGGUUUGUAAAUUAUAUAAAAAAGAUAAAUAAAGAAGUCUUUUAAAUUUGUCGAAAAAUAUAAAAAUGGUACCUUAGAUUUGAGAAUAUGUUAAAAAUAGUCCCUUAGUUUCUUGUCCUUGUCCACUCAAUAACCUGCAGCAAAUACUAGGGAGUCGUACCUUUGGGCUUUGAUAUAUUAGCUACUAAUGGUGAAAUUUCCCAAUUGAAUUUCCUUUCUUUCAUGAAAUUGAGGGUUUCUGCUCAUAAAGAAGCUGCAAUUCCAAUGGGAGAGUUUGAUAAUGCAGAGUACAUAGGGAUUAACGAGGCUCCGUCUCCUAGAGCAAACAAUGCUCGGAAAGUUUCAGUCUUGCCUCUAAUUUUCCUCAUUUUCUAUGAGGUUUCUGGUGGUCCUUUUGGUGUUGAGGACACUGUGAAGGCAGCUGGUCCUCUUCUUUCUCUUUUGGGGUUCUUGGUUUUCCCAUUAAUAUGGAGUGUCCCUGAGGCACUGAUUACAGCUGAAAUGGGCACCAUGUUCCCUGAAAAUGGUGGUUACGUUGUGUGGGUUUCAUCUGCUUUAGGUCCAUAUUGGGGCUUUCAACAAGGUUGGAUGAAAUGGCUAAGUGGAGUCAUUGACAAUGCGCUUUACCCCGUUUUGUUCUUAGAUUACGUGAAAUCAGCUAUCCCUGCAUUAGGUGGCGGGCUUCCUAGAGUACUAGCAGUUUUGGUCCUUACUAUGGUUCUUACUUACAUGAACUACAGAGGUUUAACUAUUGUAGGAUGGAUGGCUGUUUCGCUUGGUAUACUGUCAAUCAUUCCUUUUGUGGUUAUGGGGCUCAUUUCGAUUCCCAAAUUAAGGCCUUCAAGAUGGUUAGUGGUAGAUGUACAAAAUGUUGAUUGGAACUUGUAUCUGAAUACUCUCUUCUGGAAUCUGAAUUACUGGGACUCAAUAAGUACUCUUGCCGGAGAAGUACAGAACCCAAAGAAAACUCUCCCUAAGGCUCUCUUUUAUGCUGUUAUUCUAGUUGUUCUGUCCUACUUUUUUCCGUUGUUGAUUGGUACAGGAGCUAUUCCUCUUCAGCGUGACUUGUGGACUGAUGGCUAUUUCUCUGAUAUCGCGAAAAUACUGGGUGGAAUCUGGCUCAGAGUUUGGAUUCAAGGGGCUGCUGCGGUGUCAAAUAUGGGAAUGUUUGUGGCUGAGAUGAGCAGCGACUCUUUUCAGUUACUUGGUAUGGCAGACAGGGGGAUGCUCCCUGAGUUCUUUGCUAAGAGAUCUCGUUACGGAACUCCUUUAUUUGGGAUCCUCUUUUCAGCUUCUGGUGUGAUUUUACUUUCAUGGAUGAGCUUUCAGGAGAUAGUAGCUGCAGAAAAUUUCUUGUAUUGCUUUGGAAUGAUCUUGGAAUUUAUAGCAUUUGUAUUGUUAAAGAUAAAGUUUCCCCAUGCAUCACGCCCAUUCAAGAUACCUGGGGGAACUGUUGGAGCAAUCCUAUUGUGUAUACCUCCAACCAUUCUCAUAUGUGUAGUUUUGGCCUUGUCUUCGAUCAAAGUCUUGGUUGUAAGCCUUUUUGCCAUUGCAAUUGGUUUGGUGAUGCAACCUUGUCUUAAGCUUAUCGAGAAGAAGAGAUGGUUGAAGUUCUCUGUUAGUUCUGAUCUUCCUGAUAAUAUUACAACAGAUGGACCUUUACUUCAUUGAUUCCCUAAAAUGCUUUAUAAGGUACAACUAUUCCUCUAUCAUGGCGGCAGUGGCAACUAUGUCAAAUGCAGAAUUAUCAUGGAAUGCAUGGAAAGCAGUGUGAAACCAGUAGAAGUAGUUAUCGAGGUUUGGAUUAUCAUCCUUUUCGAGGAUCUUACGGAAGCUUCUAAUCUUGUAAGCUUUACUUGCUUCGCUCUUGUGGCUAUUUGUGUUAGUGACCAGUAGCUACAGUUUCUAGAUGAUGAUCAUCAAUAGCAGUAGAGAUUUAUCUAGGAUUUUUGAUGAUCACUUUCUCUUUAAAUAUUGGUAGCUUCUACUUUUGUAUUUUGUAUUUCCCUACACUUGUGCUUAUUUAUAUUAGUGAUAGUAAUUUGGAAAUUGCUUCAGAAACA